AUGACCAUCUCAUUGUCCCCCAAAAGAUUACAAGACGAGGGUAGCAGAGACCGUAUACGUUGGGCGAAACACGGUAGCUUCCAGAAGCUGGGUGGGUUGAUGGUUCAGGAGCAGGAAAUAGAGAUGCCAACGGGGAAGCAAGACCUGGCCGAACUCAGCUGCUCCUCGGAAGGCUCCUCAAUUCGCGACACAUCGGAUUUACCGACCCUGGAGGUGGACGAUGAAAUGGGGAAUGUGCAAAGUAACAUGUCGGAUGGCGGUGAUCGAGAAGAGAGAGAGGAAAGAGUGUACGGCGAUUUUGAGGGAGGAGGGGCUGCAGCAAGAACCGUCUACCACCAACCGCUGGGUGACCAAGACACUGUAAAUUCCACGCAAUCUCUUUAUGAUUCUGAUAUCACCUAUUUCAUGAUCCACGGCCGAAGAUAUUGCAAAGAUUAUUACAUGCCAAAUGAUCAAGAGGAGCAGGACCGCACAGAAAUCUUGCACACCGUCUACUUGUAUCUCUUUGAUCAACAGCUGACGACGGUGCGACUCCAAAACCCAACGAAAAUAUUAGAUGUCGGUACUGGAACGGGUGAAUGGGCCAUGGCGAUGGGUGACGAGUACCCAGACGCGGAAAUCAUUGGCACCGAUAUUGCCAAAAUCCAGCCAAGCGCCGUUCCGCUCAACGUAUUCUUCGAGAUUGAUGAUGCAGAAGAAGAAGGAGGUUGGACCUGGCCAGAGGAUGAGUUUGACUUGAUUCAUUUCCGGACGAUGACGGGUGCUUUCAGAUCUUGGGAAGAGAUGUACAAAUUAUCCUUCAAGCAUCUGAAACCAGGGGGUUGGAUUGAGGUCAUUGAUUUCGACGAUCACGGACAGCUGCUCUCCUACUUUGGUCCCGACAAUACCAUUGCAGAGUGGUUUCGCGCUAUUGCUGAGGCGACUCGACUAUCAGGACGACCACGAACGAGUAGCCAUCUGGAGCCAGAAGUCCUCGAAAGAUUGGGUUACGUAGACGUCAAACAGACGACCCACAUGAUACCGUUUGGCAACUGGCCUACCGAUCCGGAAGCUCAAUCUAUAGGAAAGCAUUUCCUGAUUACACAACUGUGUGGUGUUGAAGCGAUAUGUCUUAGACCUUUGACUGAGGGUCUGGGAUGGGAUCCCAAGAAAGUAAGGAAAAUCUGUCAAACGAUUGUGGAUAAGACUCGUGUGGUUGCAUUGGAUCCAACCAAAGCCAGCGGUAUGGGCUUUCAUGUGAAGUGUCUUACCGGUAGGAAACCGGGCGGUCCGCCUAUAGAAGCUAUGGAAAACGGCAGUGCUUGA